AUGAUGCGAAUACAUGCUGAGCUGUUUGAGCUAUCAGCUGACGGCAAAAAAUGGUUGAUGGUAGAGCCGCGUUUGCUAUACAUAUGUUGUCAGAAAGCGGAAAAUGGCGAUACGAUCGUUCGAGCUGCUUCUUCUACCGGAAGAAACAUCUUGGAGACUGUCAUCAUCAAAGGACAGAAAGUUGAAAAGAUCUCCGACUGCUUCGUAUUUUGGCGUGAUGUUGGGGAUCGAACUCUGGCUUUGAACACAUUAUCGGCUAAAGAUACGACAUCGUUCAUGAGCUUCUGUCUAGAUUCCAUGCCAAGUGUUGUUUCCACAAAUACAGAUUAUAAUCCGUUGAUGAGUAACAUAACCAGCAUGCUUCAACACAACAUCAUGGCUCAAGUAAAGAUCAUCGGAGCCUGGAAUGGACAGCGACUAGAACGACGCAAUGGACAUCAAGAAACUACAAUGGUUUCUGUUAAUCCAUUAAGCAUGGUUUUCCAUUACAACCACGGCUUAGUCAAUGUAGAUCUGGUGGAAUGUUUCUUCGUAGCUUCAGUUAAUCAACCCAACAUCCUUCAUCUCUCCUAUGCGACAAACAUAUUUUGUUUCGAGUUUAGUGGCGAAGCCGAAAAAUUCGUAAAGCAGGUUUUAUGUAUGUCAUCGUUGUUGUUGGCCAGAACAACAUGCACAGAUGUGGCCAUGAUGUACUUGAAACGACAAUUAUCAAAACUGCACGAUAAAGAACUAUUGCUUAAAUACCAUCAAGGAGAACGCGAAAACAAAGCGAUGAAGGCGAAACUGAAACUUAAGGAGUAUGCUGUCGAGCAACGUGUCGCAGCAUUUGAAGAUCGUCCUGCCGUCUCAACUUGUCCGAUUGUCUCGUCCGAACUGUUCUUAUCUCUGCAAGACCAAUUACUGCCCGAGUGUCCGCUCUCCAGUAUAUAUCUCAUUUACGCCAACAUGUAUAACUUCCGAAUGUGGAGGAAGCCUGUGGAAGUGCGUGUUAAUGAUCUGAAAGCGCUGGUUUCUGUACAGCCAAAUCAACAGCUAAAUGAUGCUGUUAUGACUUGUGUAAGCACAUCCAGUGACGUCAUCAUCCCCAUUAGUUUGCCAAAUGGGAAGACGACUUGCAUUUCACACAUUAAUGAAGAUCCAGUUGAAAUACUGCAGAAGCUUUGUAGUCGUUUAUCACUUCAACCAGAGCACUUUGAGCUUCGUAAACCCAAUUGUCCUGAAGCUACAUGGCGCUUAGUGCUCAGCGAAGAGUAUGAAGUGGAGAAGAACCAAGGAAAACUCGGUCUAACUAUUUAUGCACACAACGAUGGCGGAACGAUACGGGCAGAAGUCAGAGGAGUCGCCAGUUAUGCACCUGGCGGAGCUGCCAUCGGUGAUACCGUAAUUAGCGUAGAUGGCAGAUUAAUCGCGCAGGUAACUUCAGCAGCAGAUGUUGAAAAAUUAUUGCGAGAAGGACGAAUAAUACGAUUACGUCGACGCAAUUCGAUGUUUCAGAAAACACGACACGUUUUGCCUCCAACUGUUCCCCUGGCUGAACUUCGUAGUAAGAUGGAAGAAAAGAUGGUCAGAGGUAUUGACGAAAUGCUUCAAACAGAAAGGAAAUAUGUUGAUGACAUUAAUGAGAUGAUUGAAAAGUUUCUCAGCAUCAAAGUUGUGCGUGAAAUAAUGGAAUCGGCACUAAGAUUGCGAGAUGUUCAGGUUGCUUUUCUGGAUUCUCUGCAAGAAGCUGUUGGCGAUGUAAAUGUGAUGAAAUCCCAAUCUCGUCCUCAAAUUAGAGACGCUGUAAUUCGAAUCAGUGCUCUGUUUGUAAAUAAAUGUAGUGAUUUUAAAAUCUAUGCUGAAUACUCUGCAGCUUAUUUGCGUUUACAAAGAGAGCUGUCGUUGAGUAAAGAAUUAUUGCUUCAAUUAGAGACAGCUAAUAGCUCUGGAGAACAGCAUUGUUCAUAUGAAUCUCGAAUGAUUCGGCCGAUUCAACGAGUUGUUCAGUACCCGUUACUCCUUCGAGCUAUACUAGCGGGAUGCGAGAAGGAUAGUCUAGAAUCAAGACAGGUUGAGGCAGCUUUAGAAAAAAUGCAAACGUUAGCCGAAUAUGUGAAUGAGAUGCAACGAAUCCAUGAGCAAUUUGCUCCUCUGAUAGAGUGGAUCCGCAAGGAAAAACAAUCAUUGUUAAACGAAAAAGGAAUACGCAUCGACAUCCGCUAUUUAGUAAUUUUCGCUCAUAUCCGAUGGGUAAAUGGUGAUAAAGCUAAUCCGGAUUAUGUCAUUUUCGUUUUUCAAUCUCUUGUCUUACUCGUUCCUGCAAAUAUGAAAGGAGAAUAUAAGAUGAAAUACAUUCGACUGAUUCCUAUCAAUGAAGUAGAGAUUGAGGAAGAUAGUCAACCUUCCAAAUCGGAAGAGUGUCUUGUUGUACUGUAUCAUGUGGUAGCCAAGGGAACAAAUGCUCAAUUGGGCCAAGGAACCACUGAAGCAGUUUAUCAUCUCGCUUGUUGUCAACAACAAGUCAAACAACACAUUGUUAAAAGUAUUCGAAAAGCUCGCACGAACUUCAUUCGCGAAACGAGGAGGCCUUUGAGCGGUUCAAGCCAGUCCGAUGGCGGUUACGGAAGUGAAACAACCAAGGAUAAAAAGAAAUAA